UUCAAUAGAGCUCACACAACAAUCUCUCUCUCUCUCUCUCUCUCUCUCUGAAGGAGAAAAAAAAAAAGGACAUGAAUGUUCCUAGUCUUUUGCUUCUGCCCAUGUGGGUAAUAAGCACAUCUUUUUUCUCAGCCAUUGUCAUCACUGAUGCCAGACCAGACCCUGCUGUUUCCACUAUACUAGUCCCCCUUUCGCGUUCUCAGGAGGCACCCGUUUCCCAGUUUUCUUCAGAAAUGAAUGCUCAGUCUCCAGGAAUGCCAGAGGUCAGAGUAGUGCACCACCAGGAUUUGAACAAGAAGAUUCUGGUGGCACUCAUUGUCGCAUCUACUCUCCUUGCCGUGGUUUUGAUUUUUCUCGUUUGCUUCUGGAUAUAUCUUUCAAAGAAUUCGAAGAAGAAAUCUAAAAGUAAGAGCUCAGCAAACUCAGAUAAUGUUGGGGGACUUCCAUUGAACCCAAUGGUGGGUAAAUUGAAUACCUCUGCUGUUGUUGGUAAAAAGGGUUCUGCUGCUGUUUUUGAGUAUCAACUCUUGGAAGCUGCGACCAAUCAUUUUCAUGAGAGGAGCAUCUUGGGCGAAGGUGGCCGAGGAGUUGUCUAUAAAGCUCGUUUUAGUGAAAAGCUCCUUGCUGCUGUGAAGAAGUGGGAUGAUGCCGAUCAGGAUGCCCAGAGAGAAUUUGAGAACGAGGUGAAUUGGUUGAGUAAAAUCCAACAUCAAAAUGUAGUCACUCUUUUGGGCUACUGUAUUCAUGGACAAACACAAUAUCUCGUAUAUGAAAUGAUGCAGAAUGGGUCGUUGGAGACUCAAUUGCAUGGACCAACACAUGGAUCAGCUCUAACGUGGCACCUGCGUAUGAAGAUUGCUGUUGAUGUAGCCAGAGGAUUAGAAUUUCUUCAUGAACGGUGCAACCCUCCUAUGGUGCAUAGAGAUCUUAAAUCAUCGAACAUUCUCUUGGAUUCAGACUUCAAUGCUAAGCUUUCUGAUUUUGGGCUUGCUGUGAGUGCUCAAAACAAAAAUAAUGUGAAGAUCUCUGGCACAGUGGGUUAUUUGGCCCCAGAGUACCUGUUGGAUGGUAAAUUAACAGAUAAAAGUGAUGUCUACGCUUUUGGAAUUGUCCUCCUAGAGCUUCUGAUGGGAAAAAAACCUGUGGAGAAGAUGGAAUCAACUCAAUGCCAGUCCCUAGUAACCUGGGCCAUGCCUCAGCUCACUGACAGAUCAAAGCUUCCAAACAUUGUCAAUCCUGUCAUCAAAGACACGAUGGAUUUGAAGCACUUAUAUCAGGUCGCUGCCGUAGCAGUACUAUGUAUUCAACCAGAACCGAGCUACAGGCCAUUGAUAACGGAUGUUCUGCAUUCUCUUAUCCCGCUCGUUCCUGUCGAGCUCGGAGGGUCCCUCAGAGUAUCAGAACCUGUUCCAACGGUUGGUCUUGACCCUUCUCACUGAACUAAAGAUGGUUUUGACUGGCAUUUACAAUUCGGCUACAGUUUCAUCCACGUGCAAUUUAUGCUUGUCGAGGGGGACGAAUUCAGCAUGGUUCUUGUUCUUUGAUUUCUGACAAGUCAUAUUUGGAUUACUUGGUUCCAUUGGAAUCAGGAUAAAAUCGGACCUACAGGCAUUUCUCCCGUCUCUCUUCCUGCUGCUGUAUAUUUUAGUGAACACAAUGUCGUAUAUUCUUCUACCGCUUUGCUAACAAGUUCUUCAUGUAUUGCCAGACGGAAAUUUCAAUUUCUGAUCAAAUUAAUAGGAUUUAAUCCUUUUUCUGUGUA